GGGAUCGAGGGUCCGAGGGGCGGGCGGAGCGGGAGGAGUCCUAGCCUUUGCCGCCGCUGCCGCCGCCGCCAGAUCCCACACCCUAUGGACCCACAGGCUGGUUUUUCUGGUUUGCUCUCCCCAGGGCAAUUUGCAUAUUUCUCCAAGAACCUUCAAGAAGCCGAACAGCCUGUUUCCAGACAUAAAAAGAGGGGAGGCCGGCACUUGGUUCCUGAAAUCCGGGGCUGGAAAUGGACAGAUCAAGCCAGGGGCCGCCUCCGGUGGCCGAGCCAGCCGUGGAGGGCGAGCCACAUCUGCCUGUGGGCCGGGAGCUGGCCGAGGCCAACCGCUUUGCCUACGCCGCCCUCUGUGGCAUCUCCCUGUCCCAGCUAUUUCCGGAACCUGAGCAAAGCUCCUUCUGCACAGAGUUUGUGACGGGCCUGGUGAGGUGGCUGGAGUUGCCCGCAGCCGUCUUGCCGACCAUGACCGCUUUCGCCAACGGCCUGGGAGGCGAAGGAGCAGACGUGUUCGCUCCCAUUUUAUUGAAGGACCCCGUCUUGAAGGACGACCCGUUGGUGAUCAUUCAGGACCUCCUGAGCUUCUCCCUCCAGGAUGGGCGCUACGAUGCUCGGGCCCGGGUCCUCAUCUGCCACAUGACCUCCCUCUUCCAAGUGCCCGUGGGGGAGCUGGAUCUCCUCGAAGAGACGUUCCUUGAGAGCCUGAAGGAAACCAAAGAGGAGGAAUCUGAAACGGCUGAGGCAUCCCGGAAGAAGAAGGAAAACCGGAGGAAAUGGAAGCGCUAUCUCCUGAUAGGCCUGGCAACCGUCGGAGGCGGGACCGUGAUCGGCGUGACCGGGGGUCUAGCUGCCCCUCUCGUUGCUGCCGGCGCUGCAACGAUCAUUGGCAGUGCUGGGGCAGCGGCUCUGGGCUCGGUGGCCGGCAUCGCUGUCCUGACCUCGCUGUUCGGCGCGGCUGGAGCUGGCCUGACAGGAUACAAGAUGAAGAAGCGCGUCGGGGCCAUUGAAGAGUUCACAUUUCUGCCUCUAACAGAAGGCAGGCAGCUGCAUAUCACCAUCGCCAUCACAGGGUGGCUGGCGUCCGGCAAAUACCGUACCUUCAGGGCCCCGUGGGCGGCCUUGGCCCGCAGCUGUGAGCAGUACUGCCUGGCCUGGGAGGCCAAGUACCUGAUGGAGCUCGGCAAUGCCCUGGAGACCAUCCUCAGCGGCCUCGCCAACAUGGUAGCCCAGGAGGCCCUCAAGUACACAGUGCUGUCCGGCAUCGUGGCUGCCCUGACCUGGCCAGCCUCACUGCUCACCGUCGCCAACGUCAUCGACAAUCCCUGGGGGGUGUGUCUCCAUCGGUCCGCAGAGGUCGGCAAGCACCUGGCCCACAUCCUGCUCUCCCGGCAGCAGGGCCGGCGACCCGUCACCUUGAUCGGCUUCAGCCUGGGAGCCAGAGUCAUCUACUUCUGUCUGCAGGAGAUGGCUCAGGAGAAGGAUUGCCAGGGGAUCAUUGAGGACGUCGUCCUGCUGGGUGCGCCCGUGGAAGGAGAGGCCAAGCACUGGGAGCCUUUCCGGAAGGUGGCGUCUGGGAGGAUCAUCAAUGGCUACUGCAGGGUGACAGUGGGAGGAGCCAGUACCCUUGCAGCGACCCUCGACCCUCGGCAAGAUGCGGGGCCCUGUGAAGGCUGGCGCUCUGAGCCUGCAAAGGAGGCACUCCUUGUUUGAGCGUGGAGAAGGGGGACUCAAGGGCUUCAGCCACGGCCAUGCCCCAGACUCCGGGGAAGAAGAGGAAGCCCACCGCUGAGACCGCAGGAGGUCCGCCUGAGAAGGCGCUCAGGCCCAUCAGCCUCCAAGUGAAGCAAAGGAUGGGGUGACAGUAUUUAAGAGCAGUGAUUUAGAAUCACACAGACCUGAGUCUUCAUGCUGGCCUCAGUUUCUCUAUCUGUAAAAGGGGGCGGUGGAGAAUAGCAGUAACCUCUCACGGGUGUGAUGAUAGUUAAGAGAUCUACAGAGUUGCACAUGGUGUGCACAUGCUCUGUGAAUGACAGAGGGUGUCACGAUUUAUCCUUGGCACCGCCAGCCUUGGGAUAUUCGUUCAACAGAUUUUUGUGAGCACUGGCCUCCUGCCAGGUACCGUAGGGAGCACUCCCUAGCCCUGUGGAACCAGCGUCCAGCAAGGAAAAGAGGAAAGGAGGCAGCUCCUAUCAGGCACCUGGAAGCCUGUCUGCGACACCAAAAUCCAGAAACUCUAAAACCAAAGGCUUCCCCCCAGGUUUGGUGUGCCCUGAGCUGCUGAGAGGGAGUUCUAGGCUUGACUUCUCCCACCAGGCUUCUGGGCUGCAUGACAUUGGGCCCCCCUCCAAACCUCGCAAGGGGAUUACGUGACACACAGGCUACAAGCUGGAUCACCUCCCUAAAAUCCAAAGCAUUACCCUGAAUUCUGAACCUGGAGUUGGGCUCCAAGGACUUUCCAUAAGGGACCUGCAUUUUGUGGUUCUGAUACAAAGCACAGAGUACUGAUGAGAAGGUGACAUUCUAAGCCCAGAUCCGAAGAUCAGGUUUGGAGUGUAGAAAACAGGAAGGUUAGGAAGGUUGGCCAAGUAGUUUUGGGCUCUAUUAACACAACUUAACACAUAGCGAUUCAGAAAACAAGGAGCAAGGCCUCAGGGAAGCAGCUGAUCCGCUGGGUCGGGAACUUCACAAUUCCACCAUCAGCUGGACACGGCACUAGAGCUCAGAGAAGUCGGAGCUGGAGGGAAGGCCAGUGGGGUCACCAGCUGCCACCAAAGCCAGGGGACAGCGGAGAUCAUUGGAAAGGCAAAAGUAUAGAGACAGAAAAGCGCUGGAUUCCCAAUUCUAAGUAAUAUGUUUCGGGGAGGAAGAGGCUCCAAUCUGAAAUUGGGGUGACUCAGGGUCAUCCAACAUUCCGUGCCCGAGCCCGUAGCCGGGCAUGGGGACACAAAGACAAGCAAGAUGAGAGAGGCUCUCGUCGGGUGAAAAGGACACAUGUGGAAUUAGACAGCUAUGGGGCGCCCGGGAGGCUCAGUCAGUCAAGCAUCCAACUUCGGCUCAGGUCAUGA